ACAUUAACGAUGAAAUCCAUCUGACGAAGACACACAGUUAACUGGAAAGUUAACUAGGGAACAUAUCUAGAUAUUCAUCGAAAAUGUCAUUUGAAGAUAUAUACACUGUUAUAAACGAGGAAGAUUCUCGGAAUGUGGUGUCUACGACGAGUGCGAUGCUAGUUCUUUCUCCAAAGCAAAACAUUGUACGAGUGUGGAAUUUGAUCAUUGCUUUAUUAUCUCUGGGAUCUGUCACCUUGACGCUGUAUGAGCUAUUUUUCAACUCUACUGUGCCAAAGAUAAUAUUUAUAAGAUAUUGUCUUGAUGCCAUCUUUAUACUGAACAUCAUCUCACGCUUUUACAUUGGAUAUGAAAGACAUGGAGUGGUUAUAACAGACUCUGAACAAGUUCGAUGGAAAUAUCUUAGAAGUUGGUUCACAGUGGAUCUGCUGUCUGUUCUCCCCCUGGAAACAUUAAGAUAUGCAUUCCCUGUGAUGCAUUUCAUGCAGAUCAGUAGAUGUCUGAGGGUGUUGCGGUUGUUCAACAUAAUAUCCUCCUUCAGUAAUGAACCUGAUACCAAUAAAAUCCAUGUAGCAGUUCUAAAAUCCUUCUCAAUUAUUGUCAUUUCAGUUCAAGUGUCUACAUGCCUUUGGUUUUAUCAGGUCUGUGAUGCUGCUUAUGAAGGUCACCCAAGGUAUUGCCCAAAAAGACAGAACUGGUUGAAUUUGUUACCUGAAUUUUCAACUAAUUUGACGAAACCCACAGAUUUGGAGUACUAUGCUGUGGCUACGUACUGGUCAAUAAUUACACUGACUGCUGUUGGGUAUGGAGAGAUACAUGCUAUGAAUGAAAGAGAAGUUAUUGUAGCAGCAGCUGUAAUGGUACUUGGAUUAGUUGCAUUCCUUGGAGUUGUUGUGACUGGUAUGAGCUCAAUCAUCAGCAAUUUGGACACACGAAGAGGAAGAUUCUGCCACAGAAUGGAUUCUAUUUGCCUUUACAUGAAAUAUAUGGGAUUGCCAGAGGAUAUCCAAACAUGGGUGCAGAAAUAUUAUGACUAUCUCUGGAUAUACCGAAAGGGCAGUAAUGUUGCAGGGCUGUUUGAUGAUCUUCCUUUUGCCCUUCAUUCAGAUGUUUCAAGUGUGUGUUACACACCUUUGGUGAAAAAAUCCAAAUUAUUUCAAGGAACAGACAUUGGAUUUCAAAGGGCUUUGUCACUAAAAUUUAACACCCAGACUUUCAGUCCUGGACAAAUUUUGGCCAGACCUGGAGAAAUUAAUCACUCUGCUUAUUAUAUUGAGCAUGGACUGGUAGAGGUUUUUGGAGAAGAUCCUAAUGAUAAGAUUGCCACAUUGUUACCCGGCUCUUCAUUUGGGGAGGUCUAUUUAAUGUACAAAAUUCCAAGAAAUACCACAAUAUGUGCUGCAACCUUAUGUGAAAUUACAAUACUGGAAAAGAGCAAUUUAAUUACAUUAUUGGCUGACUACCCAAAAGCUGCCAUGAUGAUUACGAGAGCAGCCAAAACCCAUUUACACAAUGUUAAACACGCCAUCCGAGAAGCGUUUGCACUUGGAGUAGCCUCAAACCCUCAAAAUGUUGUAUUUCAUAAGGACCUGAGUGUCAAUCUCAAGGCCAGAGAUCAUAAGAUUUUCACAUCAUUUAUGGAGUCCACAAAUAAAGUUAUGCAUGUAAAAGCCAGCAAAACAAAGUGCUUCUGGAAGAAAACCAUUCAACCCGAUAGUGCUUUUGCCAAGAUCUGGGAAGUAUUCCUUUUUUGGAGUGUCACAGUUUCAAUUUUCAUCGAAACAUGGGUGCUCUUUUUCACCAACAAUGUGGAGACAACUGGAUUUUUAAAUGAAGGAUGGGGAGCCUUCUAUCUUGCCAUCAGUUGUGUGGUUGAUCUUGUUGCCAUUGCCGACAUAUUUGUCACCCUUCGCACUGAAGUUAUAACUAAAGAUGGAUGUUUGUCAGAUUUAUCAGAACUAUUUGAGCACUACAGAGCCUCUUGGAACCUAUAUUAUGAUGUCCUUGCCGUAUUACCUUUGGAUUGGAUUUCAUUUUCUGAAGAUGGCACAGGGCACUGGCAACUUUUGAGCUAUGUCCGAAUGAACAAACUUAUAUGGCUUCGUAAGGUUUACUUGUAUUUUAAUAAAAAAGAAAAUGACAUGAAACAGAAUACAUAUGAGCAAAGAGCUGCAAAAUGCAUUUUUCUUUUGAUUUUCUCUGUGCAUUUUUGUGCUGGAUUAUUGUAUGCAUCAGCAUGUAACACAUUCAGGUGUGAUGAGAAUUCAUGGGCCUGGAAUGCUGGACUUAAAACUGCUAAGUCCAAUUUCUAUCACUACAUGUACGCAGCAUACUUCAGCACCACAACUAUGACAACUGUUGGAUAUGGUGACAUUGUCCCCAUCACGGUGAAGGAACGCUUAGCAGCAGCAACUGUGGCCAUUGUUGGUCUGUUUGUUUUUAACUACAUCAUUAGUCAAGUUUAUGCCACACUUGCCAGUAAAAAUGCAACCAGGGUGGCUUUUCAGAAUCUCCUUUCAGCCAUGAGUCUUUUAAUGGAACAAGAAGACAUGAGUAUAUCUUUACAGAAUAGAAUAACAGAAUACAUGAGUCUCCUUUGGACAAAAUACCAGGGUGAAGCACAUCCAAGAGGUCCUUUUAUAAUGCAUGAUUUACCAGUUGAACUUCAGCAAAUUGUUCUUGUAAAGGAGAGAGGAAAGCUACUGUCAAAGAUUCCAUAUUUUGAGCAGGCUGGACAACCAUUUAUAGGAGACCUUGCUUCAUCAUCAGUGAUAUACUACUUUCCCAGAGGAGAAAUCAUCCAGUACAGUGAAACUAUAACACGAGAACUUUUUUGUAUUCGACGAGGAACGUGUCAGGUAUUAAAUGAUGAACUCUCAGAAAUUCUUGGUCUGUAUGGAAAGGGAAUGUAUUUUGGAGAGGCAGGUUUUUUGUUUGGAAAACAAGCCUUAAUGACGGUGCGUGCUAAGACCUACUGUGAAAUCUUGGUCAUUGAUUUUGAAAAAGUCAGAUGUGUUCUUGAGAGAUAUCCUGGGGUUAAAAGUCAAAUUGAGGAACUUCAAACAAAAUCAGAGUACUACUACAGUUUAGUACGAACAGUGGAAAAAAUGAUGAAAAAAACAUGCAAGAAGUUGGAAGAAGCUAAUGUGACACAGGAGAAUAAAGAUGUUUCUUUCACAUAUCAGGGUCCUCUAUAUUCUAAAAAGUCAAAGUGUUACAUUGAAGAUUUUGGAAACUUUCCAAUUUAUGCUGGGGCAGAGGAAGAAACUGUUGAAGAAAAAAUGCAGAAACUGAGCAAUAUAACAUUACUAUCUCAGCAAACAAGAACUACAAAGGAGCGAUUUGCACCCUUCUUUAGAUCAUGCUCAUCUGUUUUUUUAAUGCGGAAUGCCAUUCUGCCCAGCAGUCAGUUUUAUAUCAAAUGGGAGGUUUUUCGAAUAAUUUUAUCUAUAACCAUCAGCAUAAUUUCUUCAACACUUUUUGCAUUUUUGCACUACAAAAUUGAGCUUUGGAUUGUGGCUUACUGUCUUGGAUUUUUUUGCUGGAUAGACAUGUACAUUCGCUUUCAUGUGGCUUUUUAUAAUGGCAACAGUCUCACAUUUGACCCACUGGAAACAGCAAAACAUUAUGCCAAAACCAGCUUAUUUUUAGAUUUUAUAAGUUGCUUUCCUUGGGAAAUUAUAGGCUGGAUGUUGAUUUCACCAUUCAGCCACAAUGGAUUUUAUGGCAACAGUGAAGUAUUACAUCUCUAUGCUUACAUGAGAGUUCCACACAUUUUACAGUUAUAUCGCAUUCCCCUUGCAUUUUCUUUUCAGCAAUCAGGAAUUGCAAAAGAAAAGGCCAUCCUUACUUUUGUGCAGUUUUUUUUGCUUAGUAUACUUUUUCUACAUUUCAGCACUUGCAUUGUCUUUGCAGUAGCUUGCCCUGCUGCUAACAUUUAUGGUAACACAUCAAAAUACUUAUUGCCUUUGAUGAAACACAACUGCACUGAAUUAUCAUGGGUUACACACUUGGAUCAUGUAGUUUCAGUGGAGUAUGAGACUGCAAACUUUUUUGAGAUAUAUGCUGUAAGCUUAUACUUUGCCACUGCAACACUGUGUGGGGUGGGAUAUGGAGAUAUACUUCCAUAUGUGAUUUAUAUGAAAAUUAUUAUGGUCUUCAUCAUGAUAGCAGGAGCAUUAUAUUGUGGCUUGUUAUCGGGCACUGUAGCGGCUAUGUUGGCCAAUGCUGAUGCAACAAGGGCUGCCUUUACUGAAAAAAAAGAGAGUGUUAAAUUGUUCUUAAAGACUCAAGGAAUAACAGGGGACUUGUAUAAUAAUACCUUGCAAUUCUAUUCGUUCAAAUGGAUACGUACAAAAGGAAUUGAUCGAUAUACUUUAUUUGAGUAUUUGCCAUCAUCACUACUUGGUGAUAUAUCAACUGUUAUUUAUGCUGAUCUUAUUGCAAAGCAACCAGUUUUUCAGAAAACCUUGAGAAAAGAAAGUAUGGAUCGUUUGGAAACUGAUGGUGGUUUUAUCCGAAUGUUAGCAACACAAAUUCAACCAUGUCUUUACAGAGCCAAUGAUCUAAUAUGUAAGAGAAAUGACUUUGGAUCAGAGAUGUAUUUUAUUGACAACGGAGAAGUUGAUGUACUAUCCCAGGAUGAACGGACAGUUAUUAUAAAACUUAGAGCUGGACAAUAUUUUGGAGAAGGAAGUUUAUUAUUUGCUGAACCAAGAGCCACCACAAUAAGGGCUGCAACAAACUGUGAUCUGUAUGUAUUGUCAAAGAAAAGCUUUGAUGAAACUAUUAAAUAUUAUCCUGACAUCUGCAAGCAAAUUAUGAAGGCAGCUGCAAUGAAGAGAGACCAGUUGCGCCAAAGAAAAGAGCAGAUGUUUGUGGUCAAAAAGUCUGAGUCUGCAACAGAGCUUCUCCUGAGGGAUACUGGAUACAUAAAGCUAUACAAGGACAGCAUGGUAGAGAAUGAGAAAAAAGCAAAGCUUAAAGCAUUGCCUCUGUAUAUUCAGUUGAAGAUAAUUCUUUCACAGUUAUUGAUGAAUAUUUUGGACAAAAUUAUAACAAUACACAACACAACAAUUGACCCAGAAAACACUUUUCGUGUGGUUUAUCAAUACACAUCCUGCCUUCUAAUAAUAAUAUCUUUCUGGGCAAUAACAUACAUGCCAUCUAUUUUUGAUGUAGACAGAGACAUCUUCUUAUUCACCAUGAUUAUUGAGUACCUCCAAAUGAUUGAAAUCAUCCUCAAAUUUCACAUUUGUUUUUAUAAUGACAGUGGAUCAUACAUAUCAGACUACAAAUCUGUAUCUCGGAGUUAUAUGAAAAGAAAAAUGGGAUAUAUUUUUGAUGUUGUUUGCUCCUUUCCAUAUGCAUUAACAGUUUUACACCAAAUGAAUGAAAUGAUGCCAAUGUCAUUUCUGCCCAUCUUUGUUUAUGCACGGGCUGGUCACUUGUUGCGCAUUGUAACACUAUUAGUUUUCAUGUGGACUGAAGAGCAUGCAAUCACUACAAAUCUCAUGUCCAUUAGGAUUAUCAAGAACUUGGUCAAUACUAUAUUCUUUAUUCAUUGUGGUUCGGUUUCAUUUGUUGCUUUUGUGACAUAUUUUGGAACUAACUCAUGGGUAGGAGACCUUGGUAAGUUUUAUUUCUUCACAAAUAUUUUGUUUUUGGAAAGGAUGUUGCAGUCCAUAAAGAUUUAUUUCUUCCCUGACAUUUAUAGAUAUGCUGUAUAUUGGGCACUGUCAACUUAUACAACUACGGGAUAUGGAGAUGUCACAGCAUACACCAUUGGAGAAGUUAUUUUUUCCAUACUUAUAAUAAUAAUGUCUACAGUUCAAGUACAUUACAACAUGGGACUUAUCUCAUCUACACAAACAAACAAGGAAUCUCUCAAAGUUGCCUAUGAAGAGAAGCUACAGACUAUCCAAACUUAUAUGAUGGAUCAGAAUAUUCCAUCUCCACUCCAAAAUCGUGUGAUCCAGUUCUACAAUUACAGAUGGACACACACAAAAGGAAUAGACUCAGAAGAUUUGUUUAAAGAUCUUCCACAUUCCAUGAAAGCUCAAAUCUUUUCAAGAAUCAGCAUUAAUCUUCUUAAGAAACACCAGCUGUUCAGUCACCUCUCAGAAACCUUUUUACGGCAUCUUUCAAAUAAAUGCUUCUUAGAACUUACACAUCAGUUUGUAACUCUUUCAGGUCAGCAUAUUAAAAGAAGGGGAGACAGGGGCACCGGUAUGUAUCUGAUACUAAUUGGCAAGGUUAAAGUGCACUCGUGCAGACCUGGAGGAGAAGUCAUUGAAUAUGUUUCUGCUGGAGCAGCCAUGGAUGUUCAUUUAUUAUUUAAGCAUGGACUCUGCAGGGAUACAGCCAUUGCAGUAAACUAUGUGGAUAUAUUUUUCCUCUCCAAACAAUCAUUUGAUGAAAUAGGGUCAUACUAUCCAAAUGCCAUGGACAAACUGGUAAAAAGAAGUUCAAAUAUUCUAAAUUUGUAA